AUGCAUCAUCAUAGUCAUCAUUUAUCGGAAUUCGGCACAACUUCAAAUGGUCCCGCAGCAACAUCUUCAUCCACUUCAUCCUCUUCAAUCGGUCAUUUGGGAGCUGAUCCAUAUGUUGGUGCAAAUGUGAUGGGUGGCGGACCGGAUCAGAUUCCAAUGUUGGGUGGACCACCUUCAGAUCAUGAAUUGGGGCCGAUGGCAAGAGAUCGAUGUAAUACUUGGCCGAUGAGAAGGCCGCAAUUGGAUGGGGGAGGAACACAGCAGACAAGUCCUUUGAUACAUGAUCAGAUUCCGGAAGAGGAAGAGUAAGUAUGGAUAAAAAUUGAAAGCGCCGCGGGUUUUUGAGUUGUAGAGCUCUUACAGAUUUCUAUUUGGAAAUACUUUUUCAAAGUUUUCUGAAGUUUGGCUCCUAGGCUUCUUAAGAGGUCAAACAUUCCUGUCCAGGGAAUUUUUUUGUUGGAAAAAUCUUAUCAGACCUUGAUAAAUUUGUAGAGCUCAAAAUUCUGAUCAGAAUGAUUUAUUUCCAAGAAAAUGUUUCUUUUUCCAAAAAAAAGAUAAUUUCCAAAGAAAAUGCGGUGCCCAGUUUUUCCUGAGAUUUUCCUGAAAGCUCGAAUUUUGAAUUUCAAGGUCGAGGGUUCGAGUCCACCUCGGAACUUUCUUGAAUAUUUAUAUUUUUCGAGCCACCAAAACUCGAAAAGUGAUGUGAUUUUCAGGAUUUUCGAUUUACUAUAAGCUUCUUUAAAUUUUGCUUACAAAAAUUUCACAAAUUUUUUGGAGUUUAAAAAAUGUGUUUUGGUAGUUUUUAGGCAAAAAAUUUGUUUUUUGAAAUACAAUUUUAAGUUCAAAAUUGUAUGUUUGGAUAUUCGAUACUGUAGGGUACAAUUCUGAAUUUUGGAAAAAACAGGGAGGUAUGAAGAAUAGGGGAUCUACUCGAAAAGGAGAAACCCCUCCCUGAAUUUUCGCUGAAAAAUUCUAGAAUUCUCUCAGGAUAUUUAUUUUUCAAAUUUUUUCCAAGUAAACUUAUGUCACAAAUUUAGGAUCCAAAUUCACAGAUUUUUUGAAUCAAGUUUUUUACCGGAAGAACCUUUGAAAAUAUCAAAUUUUACUAAUACAAAAUUUUGAAACGUAAUUUUUAACUCAGAAAAAAAAUUUCAAAAUACUUCCCCCACUCCCCCUCCCCUCAAAAAUAAUUUGUUUCCAGUCUAUUUGGAAGUAAUGAACACUGUGGUCGCCUCGGUGGCUCCUCGAACGGUUCCAAUGCCUUGCUCCAUUCACCAGGGUAAGUGUUUUGAAGUACCAGUCAAUUUCUAUAUACUUUUUUCCUUCUCCUUCAUUUGCUUGAUAAAAAGUUUAUCAAUUUUUUUACCAUUUUUUCCUCCAAAUUUUUUUCUUCAUGAUAUAUUACGACGAUUCAAGGUAAAUCUCUAACUAAAAGAUUUUUCGUGUGUUCCUGAAAAAGCUGAACAAGGAGGGGAUUAGAUUAGGCAUAAUAUUUCCGGUGUUCAUAUCAUUUUUUUGCCAAAAAAAAUUAUUUUUUUUUUCUCUUGCAGAAUGUCUUCUCCACUGAAUUCGGCACUUUCGCCGUGCGACGAUUCUCCGGAAUCGGCUGCCAAAAAAGCGACGACUCGACGAAAUGCGUGGGGAAAUAUGAGCUAUGCGGAUUUGAUCACACAGGCAAUUAUUCAGAGUCCAGAUAAGAGGUUGACACUGGCACAAGGUUGGUUUUUGGGGGCAUCGGAUUGUGAGAUUUUCUGGAAACCCGGGAAUAUUUUCUUUUAAUUAGGGAAGUUUUUGGUUUGGAAAUUAUUCACUGUUUCAAAAAUUUUAAAGAAUUCUUGUAGUUUUGGGAAAUUUCGAUCGAUUCAUGAAUAUUCCAAAAAAAUUGAGCUUUUUAAAAUUGAGAAUUAAAAAAAAAUAAGAUUUUUUAUUUUGAGAAUUUUUCACUGUUUCAAAAGUUUUAGAUGAUUUUUAAAAAGUUUCUACAUUUCUGCACAAAAAAGGUGAUCUCGUUUGCUAUUCGACAAAAAUUUGCUGUUUCAAAAUUUCGGUAAAACUUUGAGAAUUUUGAAAAUUCCGAUGACAAAGCGAUUAUGUUUUUGUUUAUUUAGAUUGUGUUAAAUUCACUGUUUCAAAAAAAAAAUUUCGGAAGAAAAGAUUUGAAAUUUUAAUUUAUAUGUAGUUAUUUUCUUCUUUCAAGUUUCAAAAAUUAUUUUUCAUAAUCAACAUUUUUUGUUGUUGAAAAUUCACUGUUUCAAAUUUUUUUUCAUAAUUUCGACAGUUUUUAAUUUUGAUUUUGUGAAUUUGUUCGAAAUUUUUCACUGUUUCAAAAUUUUGUUGUAUUUUUUUUAAUCUAGAAAAAAUUGCUAUGUCCAUAGUGGUGUCUUCCGAAAUUCAGCUAGUUCAUUUCUAAUUAAAAUUCCACUGUUUCAAAUUUUCUUAUGAAAAAAAUACGUUUCAAAAAUAAUUCAAUAUAUUUUCUCAACAUUUUUGAAUAGUUUUUUAUUUGUAUUUUUUUUAUAAAUUGCUGUAGGUUUUCUAAGCAAAAAAAUCCCGACCAGAUGUUGCCAUUUUGGACUUAUCCAUCAUUAUAUUCCUAUCCUAGUGUCGGCUCAUCUUUUUUUUCUUUUUCCCCCAAAAAUUUAGCUGCUUGUCGAUUCGAUGAGCAACCAAUUAACCGAUAUAAAUUAAGUAACCCACUGAGGGAUUAUAUCCAAAAAAAAGACCAAAAAAAUUGAAGAGGAAGGAGCUCAUUAGGCGGAAAAAAAUGAACAAAAAUAUGUGGAGAAUUCCUGGAAUUUUUCCGGAGCUGGGCAGGGUGAAUCAGACAGACAACAAUUGGAAUAAUAGAAUUGGGUUACUGUGGUUUUUGAGAGGAUUACUGUAGAUUGAGAAUUGCUGUAGGAAAUUGAUGUUCUAGAAUUACUGUAGGUUUUAGAUCUUCAUGAGAUUACUGUAGUUUAUCUGAUUCUUAGAAAGCGUUACUGUGCAUUUCGGAAUUUUACGGGUACUGUAGAAAAUGGAGCUUCUAGAGUACUGUAGGUUUUUUUCAAAAAAAUUUGAAGGAUUACUGUAGAUUCAUGUUGAAGGAAUCUGAACUUCAGCCUAGUUUCAGAAUUGAAAUUCUGAAAGCUGGAUACAGAUUUUUCCAUAUGGGUUACUGUAUUUUCAAUGGUACCGUAAUCCUACAGUACUUGACUACUGUACAUCUGGGAGUACUGUAUUUUCAAACCAAAAUUAUUCACAUUUUCCCGGGAUACUGUAGAUCAAAAAGUGUUUGUUACAGUAUACGAAUGGAUGGUUCAAAAUGUGCCAUAUUUUCGAGACAAGGGUGAUUCGAACAGUUCUGCUGGAUGGAAGGUUAGUUUUGAAUUGGGUUACGGUAUCUCCCUUUAA